AUGGCCAGUAUUGAUAGAGUGGCGAUUAUCGGCGCCGGGCUUUCAGGUCUAACUCUUGCUCUGGCCCUGCACAAGCAAUCCAUUGCCUGCACUCUCUAUGAGGCUCGCGCGUCCGCACUCGACAUUGGCGGCGCCAUUAUGAUGUGUCCCAACGGUCUGAGAAUCCUCGACUAUCUGGGUGUGUAUAAGCGAAUCCAGCCAGAAGGCUAUGAGUUUGACAAGCUCUACUUCCGCUCCCCGGACGACCAGCCCAUGGACACAUAUGAGUUUGGUGGGAUUGAACAAUACGGCUACCACGCCAUGCGUAUUUACCGUCGCAUUCUUAUCCGGGAACUAUCUGCUCUGGUUCGCGAGGCUAGCAUCCCCAUUGAGUACCAUAAGAAAUUCGUCCGGGUGCUUGCAGAGACAGAGAAGGAUGUUACCUGGGAAUUUAGUGACGGCUCCACAGCAACAGCAACCUGCGUUGUGGGCGCUGAUGGCAUCCACUCCAAAGUCCGCAAGUACCUCUAUCCAGACCUUGAGCCAGCCUUUACGAAGAUGGUCAUUGUGGCGGCCGCAGUACCAACAAGCCAGCUACAGUUCCCAACCGGCUACAACCUCCCAGUGACGAUAAUGAACAAACAACAUGGGGCAGUCUUCAUCGCUCCGCAGUUGGGAGAUGGCUCUGAGGUGAUGGUCGGCCGGCAGAAGCGCUCGGAGCAGCUGACCCGAGAGGAGUGGGACGGGCUUCUGAAUAAUAAGGAAUGGUGCAUGGAUUUCCUCCGCCAGGGUGCGGACGACUUUCCUGAGAUCGUCCAGCGGGCUGUAUCAAAUAUAGCACAGGAGAGGAUCUUUCUAUGGCCGCUCUCUAUUGUUCCUAAGCUUGAAACAUGGGCAUCAAAACACUGCCGCGUGGUAAUUGUGGGUGAUGCCGCGCAUGCGAUUCCCCCGGCUGCUGGUCAGGGUGUUAAUCAGGCGUUUGAGGAUGUUUUUACGUAUUCGUUGGUGCUUGCACGGUCUGACAAGGAUUCACUUGAGCGGUCACUGAAGGUUUGGCAGGAAAGACGACAAGAGCGGGUAGAUAAGGUGCUUGCACUAAACGCGUAUAUGGAUAGACGGAGGAUGCCAAGUUUGGGGGAAGAAAAGGAAGCAGAGGACGCGCCCCUCGACUUGGAGUCAUUGUAUAAGCCGGAUUUCGUGGAAAUGGUGGACGCGUGGCUCUCCAGGCAUGCCUCCCACUGA